AUGAAACGAGCUGGGUAUGGUUCUUGCUUUCUUCAGAUUAAGAAAAAGUUCAACAUAAAAGGUAGUGAUAGUUCUUUGGAUGACUGUUUACCAUCUGAUUUGCCUCUCAGGUCGGAGUCCCGAACACUGGAGAUGAACAGUGUACAAGAUGGCAUAUGGCAUGGUAGAGGUGAUACAAUAUGUGUCGGAAGCUAUUCUGAGGGUAACAAGGCAUUAUUCGAGUUUAGUCCACCUUUUGCCAGUCUCCUGAACGCCAUACGAUGCAAAAAACUUCAAGCAAUCAUUUUUCUACUGCUAUAG